AUGUCCAAGACACGCGAGGUGCUACUUGUGGGAGAAGGCAACUUCUCCUUCUCGGCAGCUUUGAGCGAGAGCGAGGACGUCGGCGUGACCGCCACUUGCUUUCAAAGCGAGAAUCAAAUCUAUCGACAGGAGGGAGCUGCAGUGAACAUACAGCGACUCCGUGACAGAGGAUCAAUCGUUCUCUUUGAGGUGGAUUGCACAUGCCUAAAGGAGCACGAAACCAUUCAGCAUCAUCUUUUUGACUGCGUUAUCUUCAAUUUUCCUCACUGUGGGCGGAAAAGUGGUGUAAAGAAGAACCGCAUUCUGCUGGAGAAAUUUUUCCAUAGUGCCGUUGCAGUCCUGAAGGACAAUGGGGAAGUGCACGUCACCUUGUGCAAUGGCCAAGGUGGCACUCCAUGUGACAGUCCAAUGAGAGAAUGGCACAAUAGUUGGCAAGUGGUUGCCAUGGCAGCAGAAGCAGGGCUAAUUCUCAGUGAAAUCCGUCCCUUUGACUGUGAAGCAUAUCAAGGAUACAGAUGUACUGGUUACAGGAGUCAAGACAAAGGUUUCCAUGUAGAGGGGGCUCUGACCCACGUCUUCACUCGGAGUCUCCCGCACACCACACCAGAAAAACGGAAAAUGGAGAAAACCAUUGGGAAGGAGACCGUUCGCUUUGAGCUUCCGGCAGAGUUGAGCAUUUAUAUGAACAGGGAUUUCCUUGGUCAGCAGUCACAUCAUCCAGUAAAAACGGUCCAGGAGCAGUUACUUAGAGAGCUAAAGUCAAUCUGGCCUGUGUGCGCUAUGAAUGAAAACUUCUCAGAACUGGUAAGCUGCCAGCCAGGAACGCCAGAGGCAUGCGACUCCUCUCUGACCCACUCAGACGUCUACUGGAUCAAACCUACUGACACCUUUAUAUUUGACCAAAGUGAAAAUGAGCAAAAUGACUGCGAGUCUAUGGAUGACCAACAAAGCUUUACUGGCAGCUAUGCACUACGGCCAUCUCUGUUGCUGCAUGUUCAAGAGAUCACCCAGAAUGAGGACUUCAGCCCUGGCACUCUUAACGCAGUCAGUGGCCUGGUCUUUCAGAGAGUGCCCAUCUCCCCGAGCCGUUCUCCUGCUUUCCACCAGCUUCUGUUGGUGGGAAUGUUCCCUGCAGAAUCCCAUCCUGUCCAGUGCUUCCAAGAUUGUUUGGAGGCACUACUUGCUUCUUAUGGCAUCUCCUUCGAAGAGGCGCAAACAGGCCUGGAUCAGCAAGUGUGGAUGAAUUCAAAGAAGCUUUCCUAGUUUGGGGGGAUCGCAUAUCUACCUUCUUUUUCCUCAUCCCUCGAUGAAGAUUUACAGUUAAUCACGGUCUCAAUAAACUUGGAUCAUUUAGCCACCCUGAUUUUCGGCAUUUCUGACUGGCGAUUACUUUGGAGCUUCGAUCCUCGCUUUCUUAAGCAUUUCGAGCUCAAUCCACUUGGAUCUUUUAGUCCGUUCUCCCUUUACCCACCAAGCUACUUGCAUGAUAUCAGUUUCUGGAUGGAACCAGAAAGCUAUGAUGAACUAGACUUCCAUGCACUUGUGCGAGAGGUUUCUAGCGGUGCGGUUAAGGAUGUGGCAUUAGUCGAUCGCUUCAGACACCCACACAUGGGUCAUGCAAGCCUCUGCUAUAGGCUGACAUAUCAGUCACCCGAUUGGGCCCUCUCGCACAGCCAGGCAUUGGGACUACAGAAUCAGCUUCGGAGGCUGUUACCCCUGCGCCUGCAGGUCACGCUGAGAUGAUAGAAUAUACAAUAGAUCAAAUGGAUGAAUAAUCUCAGAUUAAAAUUUUUAAGGACUUUA